AAUACCCGGGUACUAUCAACAUUGUACAUCAAAGACAUCGGAAUACCCGGGUACUAUCAACCUUGUACAUCAAAGACAUCGGAAUACCCGGGUACUAUCAACCUUGUACAUCAAAGACAUCGGAAUACCCGGGUACUGUCAACCCUGUACAUCGAAAUACCCGGGUACUAUCAACCUUGUACAUCAAAGACAUCGGCAUACCCGGGUAAUAUAAACCUUGUACAUCGAAGACAUACAAAUACCCGGGCACUUUCAACCUAGUUCAUCAAAGACAUCGGAAUACCCGGGUACUAUAAACCUUGUUCAUCAAAGACAUCGGAAUACCCGGGUACUAGCCACUUGGUACAUCAAAGACAUCGGAAUACCCGGGUACUAUCAACCUUGUACAUCAAAGACAUCGGAAUACCCGGGUACUAGCCACUUGGUACAUCGAAGACAUCGAAAUACCCGGGUACUAUCAACCUUGUACAUCAAAGACAUCGGAAUACCCGGGUACUAUCAACCUUGUACAUCAAAGACAUCGGAAUACCCGGGUACUAUCAACCCUGUACAUCGAAGACAUCGAAAUACCCGGGUACAAUUUAUUUUUGUAGCUCAAGGCUUGUGUUCAAUUGUCUCUUGAUUGAAUAAUCUUGUGAGAGUCGACUUAAACCAAUUGAACGAUGAUAAAAAAAUCUAUUAGUUAAAGUCUUGAAAAACUAACAAUAAAACCUUGGACAGCAAAAUUUUAAGUACAAUUUUAUUGUCUUAUUAGCUUGAAAGAGGGGACUUCAUAGCUCACGAAUGACACUGGUUUGUUGAUAUGGGAAAUUAAAUGCCAAGAUUUUAAGAACAUUUCAUUUCAACCUCGAUGAACAGCCGAUAAUUCUCAAAUUAGAUGACAUUGAAAAAGACGUGAUUUAGAUCAACCAGCAUGCAAGACUUCUUCUAGAAGUAUCCUAGAAUGCCUGAUAGAUAUAUCUCAUUCCGAGGAGAACGCAUCGCAAAAUGUGUUUGUAUAUAACAACGGACACAGUGGUACACGCCUUUAUUGUCGCUUAAGAGCAAAAAGCUAAAUAAAGCGGAACAAGAAGAGAUAUUUUGAAAACACGAAAAUACGUCGAUAAGUCGCGCGGGCUAUGUCCAAACUGGCGCUCAUAUUUUAUUACUGUUUUGUGUGAACAGUUUUUUAAAGUCAUAACAUACAAUAAGUUUAAUUUCCUUUCUCAGUACACCAUGUUUUUACCGAUAAGAGAAAAUACAAAGAUUUAUUGCUGGUUUUCAUUAAUAUUCCGCAUGAGCCACUAAUGUAUUUAUCUUGGCCGGGGAUUUAGAUCGUAGCUAUUGACUUAUUACCUAAUAAGCUCUAAUCUUAAACAUCUAGAUGGCUAAAAAACGAAAGGCCUUUAAUUUUAGAACUAAGAGCAAUAAAUUCCUUUGUAAUCUUAUCUUUGGUCUUAUCCCUGAGUUUUGCGGGCGGUUUUUUUUUUAUUAAAAAGGACACGCAAACGACAUAUAGAAUGAAAGCUUUUCGCUUCCUUUUUAGACCAAAAACAUCCUUUUAAUUAUAUUAGAAAAUAAACGCUCAAUACUCAGUACUUAUAUAGCCAAUAAUGACGGUGAAAACAGUGGAAUUGCCCUGGAGCAAGAAAGUAUCCAACAGAUAUCAAUGUCGGUAGAUUUAUCAUAUGUUUUCUGAGCGGUUACUGGCAGUUCUGUCACCAGCGCGGUUUAAUUUUAUUUAUGUGACAUCAAACAAUUUUUGACGCCCAAAGAGAUAAAUAUGCAAUUUGACCCCCACUGCCUAUUAAAUUUUCCCCAGAAUUUAAUAUCUCCGCAAACGUACUUGUUUGUUCUGUACACUUUAUCUAAAGACUUCUGAGAAAACAGCGCAAAUAGACAUAAGGCUCAAAGGAAGACAUGUCAAAGUGCAACUUCAAUGCGCAUGGCGAGUUUUUGCGCUCACCGCCGUUUCUCGCGCAGUAUAAAGGGAUAUAACCUAGCUUUGUUUGCAUGUAAGAUCUAUAAAAGCCCGCCUUCGGUGGUUCACGCCAUCCGUAAGAGUUCCGGAAACCUUUCCGAGCCUAGAGGGAGAGCUGAGCGAUGUUCCCGUCAAAAAGAAGUUCUAUUGUUGGCGUAAUGUAAAUCUGGGCAUUUGAAAAGAGGGCGCUUUAGCUAACGACGCACGUCAUAGGAAGAGGAAGCAACUCAUCAGUAAAAUCACAGUGCUUAAAGGUUGAGCAGUAAGUCUACGGCAUCGGUAAAGAGGGGUAGGGACGAUGGACCUCCAUCCGGACCAGAACUUCAGCUUACUCAUGAACAACACAGUGAGUGAAGAGCUCGAUCGCUGCAGCGUACGGCCAAGCGUCACGAACCUCGUGUUGACUGUUGUUCUGAGCAUCAUAUGCGCCGUGGCGUUUUUUGGUAAUGCCGCGGUUCUAGUAACAGUGGCGUGCUACCGAUGUCUUCACAGCGCUACGUACAUCCUCCUUGUGUCGCUUGCAACUGCGGAUUUGCUCGUGUCGGUGUUCUCGAUGCCCUGGCGCAUCCACCAGACGGUGAGAAACAACCACUGGUGUCUGGGAAUGGAACUGUGUGCUUUUUGGAUAUGGAUCGACUCGUUCGCGUGUUGUGCCUCCAUAACGAACCUCGCUGCGGUGGGUGUUGAGCGCUUUGUGGCGAUCAAGUCCCCAUUGAGGUAUCAUUCAUUGAUGAAUAACGGCAAUGGCUUUCGGAUUGUUUGCUUUGUUUGGCUUUACUCUAUAAUCUGGGCGUCGCUAGGAAAUCUUAACUGGAGCAACCCAGGGAACGCGGUGUUCAAAACAACUAGCAUUUGCGGAAAAAACGACCCGAUUUACUAUACAGUAGUUGCAAUAUUUGCAUUCUAUAUGCCUCUCCUUAUAGUAAUUCUUACCUAUUCCUACCUAACCCACAUUGCCCGAGUCCACGCGAAGGCCUUGCAGAACCUAGUCUCUCCAGAGCCGUGCCGGCCUCGUUCUUCCACUCUGACUCGAGAUCGUAUAGCAACAUUCAAACGUGAGAUUAAAGCUACUAAGAUGAUAGCGGGCGUAGUGGGCGCUUUCUUUAUAUGCUGGUUUCCAUUCUUUGUACUUGUACUGAAAAGUCUUUGGUCUCCGUCCGUCAUUCAUCCCGUAAUAGCAGAAUUCAACAGCGUUCUCUUUGUUACCAUUUUGCCGAACUUGAAUUCAGCUUUAAAUCCAUUCAUAUAUAUUGCGUUUACACGCGAGCUGAGACAAGCCGCUCUAAGGCUACUAAGACGCGUCCAGAUUGCCGUACUGUGCAAGCGAGAUGAGAACGCGAAUCAACUCUGGGCCCGUCCCAUUCGCAGCUCGAACAAAGCAAGAGCGAUGUCUGCAAAGACGGUUGAGUGUAAGUUGUGAUGAUUCCAUUUAUUGAAUCAUUUGAAGUAAUUACCGGCAGUUAAAAUAGUUACUUUUCUGACGCCAAAAUAUACAUGCGCAUGUUAUGAAAUAGCUGUUAAGCCAUUUCAAUGAAAUUAUAAUACAUAGAAGAACACUUUAGGCAAAGCAAAGCCAGGAAAGAAAUAACAAUGACAGUUUAUUUAAGGGAGGUUUAGAAUAUUUAUUAAGAAAGCGUAGAAAGAUAACAUGGAAAAAAGCAACCGGGGAGCUUAGGCCAAAUGCGAUUUUGGUCUGUAUUGUUCGGUGCCACCUCGUUAAUUCGACCAUUUGACUGGCGCACAUUUGGUGGGAUUGAAGAGGUUGCGGUGUUUUUAUUUUACAGUCCAUUUCAUUCCAGUUGCUUCCCUAACAUAGCCCGGAACUUUAGCAUUUGCCGGAAAUAUCCUGAUGUUAUCAAGUCUAUGAGCUUACAAAAAGAAAGAAGCGUUCUUUAGAGAUAAUGUGAUAACAGAAACUGAAUAAUCGCGGAAAAAUUUCACUUAACUAUUCGGUAUUUGACCGUCUUAAGUCAGAUACAUUCACUGUGCUGUUAAAAAAAACAAGAUCACUCACAAUUUCUUUUCUUGAUACAUUACGUGUUAAAAGACAUGGAUAAAGCCGGAAAAAAAGUCCUUAAGUUUAAGUAUUAUCCGUUGGUCUUCCGAGGUGGGUAAAUAUUGAGCAAUUCAUGUGAUGAGAGCAUGUCAAAGUCACUCAAUAAUAAAAAGAUUCCUCCAAAA